AUGGAAGUUCAUCGGAAUGCUCAUCAUAACAUUCAGAUGAAAGAGAGCUUCCUUGUUGGAAGUGUCCUUCUUAAUUUCACUUCGAUUUUCGUAUCUUUAGGUGUGUUCCUAUUUGGAUUUGAACAAGGUCUUAUGUCGUCUUUGUUGACAAAUAAGUACUUCAAAAAAUAUUACAAAGAGCCAACUCCAUUUGAAAUUGGUAGUAUGAUCGCUAUACUUGAAAUUGGAGCCUUGUUCUCUUCAUUCAUCGCGGGUAAGAUGGGUGAUUUGUGGGGUAGGAGGAAAACCAUAAGAUAUGGUUCAUUCAUUUUCGUCGUAGGUGGGCUCAUUCAGGCAUCUUCUGUCAAUAUAAUGAAUUUGGCAUUUGGUAGAUUUAUUGGAGGUGUUGCAAUUGGCUUCUUGACUACUAUUAUACCUUGUUAUCAGUCAGAAAUCAGUCCACCAGACGAUAGAGGGUUUUACGCGUGUUUGGAGUUCACUGGUAAUAUUAUUGGUUAUGCGUCGAGUAUUUGGGUUGAUUAUGGCUUUUCUUAUAUAGAAGGUGAUCUUUCCUGGAGAUCUCCAUUGUUUGUUCAGUGUGUCAUGGGUUUUCUUUUGUUUUUGGGUUCUUUCGUGAUAGUUGAAACACCAAGAUGGUUACUCGAUCACAACCAUGAUAUAGAAGGAAUGAUUGUUAUAUCAGAUUUAUAUGCUGAUGGUGAUGUUGAAGAUGAAGCUGCAAAAAGCGAAUAUAGAAAUAUCAAAGAGAAUGUUUUAAUUGCAAGGGUUGAAGGUGGUGAGAGAUCUUACAACUAUUUAUUUAAUAAGUAUGCCAAGAGAUUGUCAGUUGCAUGUUUUUCUCAAAUGUUUGCACAAUUAAAUGGUAUCAAUAUCAUUUCAUAUUAUGCUCCCAUGAUAUUUGAGUCAGCUGGAUGGGUCGGACGACAAGCAAUUUUGAUGACUGGUAUUAAUGCCAUCAUUUAUGUAUUGAGUACUAUUCCCCCUUGGUAUUUGGUUGAUCGCUGGGGUAGAAAACCUCUAUUAUUAUCAGGGGCGUUAUUGAUGGGUAUACCCUUAUUAUUGAUAGCCUAUUCUUUACACUUGAAUAAUAAGCAUACGCCUGGUAUCGUCGUUGUGUGCGUUAUAGUUACUAAUGCAGCUUUCGGAUAUAGUUGGGGUCCAAUUCCGUGGUUGACUAGUGAGAUAUUCCCCAAUUCUGUAAGAUCCAAGGGUGCAGCAAUGUCGACAGCCACAAAUUGGCUCUUUAAUUUUAUCGUUGGUGAGAUGACCCCCAUUUUAUUAGAUCGAAUUAAAUGGAAGACUUACUUGAUUCCUGCAGCUUCUUGUUUCUUAUCUAUUUUGUGCGUUAACUUCCUUUUCCCAGAAACUAAAGGCUUGAGCUUGGAAGACAUGGGUUCGGUUUUCGAUGAUAAUUCCUCUAUUUUCUCCUUUCAUUCGCAAGGAAAUCUCGGCAAUGAUAGUGAUUCGAGGAGAGCCAGUGUUUCAGUUGAUACUUUAGGAAAUGAUGCGUUCCGUCAAUCUGCUGCAUCAAAAGCUAGAAAUCCAGCAUUGAUGAGGCCAGAGCUAGAUGGUCUUAUCACAGGCACUCCACCACCGCCAGUUCCAAUACAAUCUUUAAAGCCUAUCAAAUCAGAUGCUUCUACUACAUCUACUGAAGGUAUUCCACCAGUUGAAAACGUUUCUCCGAGAGAAAUUGAACCACCCUCAUACGACGUGAUAUACCAAUAUAAGUUAGAUGAGAUCGAAAGAGGUGGUAUUAGAAAUAUAUUCAAUUCUAUUUUCUGCAGGAAGAAGACCUCCAAAACAAUUGAUGAAGAAAGUCCUCUUUUAAACAGAAAUUAG